AUGGAUCCAGCUUCACUUGACCCACGUCUUCGUGAUGCCGGUGAGGACUCAAUUAUCGUCAACGGUCCAAAGAAUACGCUAUCAUCUCAAGUGGCCGCCGUAGGAAUCCCCGCUUCAACAUUAACUUCAACUUCAACUUCAACAUCAUCGUCAUUAUCAUUAUCAAUAUCAUCAGGACCUGCACCAGUCCAAGCAUCAACACAACCAGAACUCCCCGAUUCACCACUUCAACAGCAGCUUCAAGCUCAAGCAGCUGGUCCAUCACCGCCAGCUUCCACGACCGGCUUCACCCCCCAAACCCCGAACGGUCAUUCGCAUUCGGCUAACAGCGAUACCCCCAAUGCGGCGCAUGAUCCGAACGAUCCUAAGCGGCCGCGAGCCUGCGAAGCUUGUCGUGGGUUAAAGGUGAAGUGUGAACCCGAUCCCGCGAACCCGGACGGACCAUGCAAGCGAUGCGCGAAGGCAGGGAGGAACUGCAUCGUGACGCAGCCCACACGUAAGAGGCAGAAAAAGACGGAUAGCCGUGUUGCGGAACUGGAGAAGAAAAUAGAUGCUUUGACUGCAAGCCUCCAGGCGAGUAGAGGAACACCUAACAAUGUCGUCCAUCCGCCCCCAUCGGAGGACCAUACCUUCGGAUACAAUCAUACUGCACCCGCAAGAGAUUGGGGCGCUCCGCCUCGAGACACUCAAACUCAACAUCAACAUCAACAUCAACACCAACACCAACCUCAACCUCAGCCUCAACCUCAAUCUCAUCCUGUUGCCUCGCCCGAGAAGCGUCCAUUAGCACCACCGACAACUAUGGCGGGUCAGAAACGAAAGUUCACCGAACCGAUAUCCGGCUCCCCUGGUGUGACCAGCGCUUCGCCAGCACCACCUAAGUCUAGCGUUGGAUUAGAGCAGCAGCCGCCAGAUAUAAUCGAUCGUGGGUUAAUAACCAUGAGCGAAGCUACCGCCCUCUUCACUCGGUAUGUGGAGGAUAUGGUACCUCAUCUACCGGCGGUCGUCUUUCCCGAAGGUACGACUGCCACCGAAGUCCGUAAGACGAAGCCGAUCCUAUUUCUCGCUGUUAUCGCGGCUGCCUCAUCUGAGACGCCGAAGCUUCAACGCCAGUUAGUUAAGGAGAUCAUGCAGAUAUUCGCCGAUCACAUCAUCAUCUCAGGCAAGAAAUCCUUGGAAUUGGUUCAGUCGAUCCUCGUUAGCGUCAUCUGGUACUAUCCACCUGAGCAUUUUGAGGAGUUGAAGUUUUACCAGUUUGUACAUUUGGCGGCUGUCAUGUCAAUCGAUAUUGGCUUGGGUCGGAGGAAGUAUAAUCCAAAGUCGCGACUCGUACCGUAUACUUGGCGUGACCAUCCUUUCAGGAAACAACCUCUCCCAGACCCUACCUCGAUCGAAGCACGACGGACGUGGCUCGCAGUUUACUUCCUUUCUUCGAAUGUAUCCAUGGCUUUGCACCGUCCGAACCUAAUUAGAUGGCAGUCAUUUAUGACCGAGUGUAUGGAUAUCCUAGAAUCUUCUCCAGAUGCGGCACCCACGGAUAGGUACCUUUGCCACCUUGUCUGGACGCACCGACUCGCUGAGGACGUAGGCAUCCAGUUCUCCAUGGACGAUCCCAGUGUUUUCAUCAAUGUCUCCGAGCAAAAAGUACAGUAUGCCCUUCGCGGGUUCGAACGUGACCUUUCCAAGUAUAGCGAAUCUAUCCCCAAAUCAGAUAAAAGGCCAUCCCUUGUACUUGGCUUCCAUGUACUGAAUUUGUAUAUGCACGAAAUUGCAUUACACGUUGAUAAGAGUGCAGAGGAAUAUCGACCUCCGUGUAAUGCUGACUCUCUUCGGGAUCCCAUUCCAGGUUUAGAUGACUCUCUGACCCCGUCGCAUAUCAGCGCUCUGUCGUCAUGUCUUACCGCCAUUGAUGGCAUCUUCGAGACCUUUCUGUCUAUGGACGUCCAUAGUAUCCGUUGCAUCCCGAUCUUUAGUUUCGUUCGGGUUGCUUAUGCCGUGGUCGUGUUGAUAAAAAUGUAUUUCAGCGCCAGCAACUCGGAUUCCGAAUUAGGUAAAGUCAUUAACAAGGACAAUAUGAAGGUUGCCGAGUAUCUUGAGAAACUGCUGGAGAAAUUUCGAGAGGUUGCCGCAUCGGAUAAGUCGCGGCCUGCCAGCAAAUUCCUCCUCGUUUUGGCCAUGUUGCGUAAUUGGUUUUAUAGGCAGGGCCAGGCUCAAGGCAAGGCAGGUCAAAGCGAUGAAGAGUCAGAGCUUGUGGCAGCCCAUCACGCUAAGAGAUCGGUAUCCCCAAGUGACGAUAAUAGCAACGUAGGCGCACAUUUACAACAGCAACAGCAACAGCAACAGCAACAACAACAGCAACAACAACAGCAACAACAACAGCAACAACAACAGCAACAACAUCAACCUCAGUCAAAUCCCGAACCAACAAACACCCCACUCCAACUACUUUCAGAAAUAGCAACCGGAAACGGCCCACCACGUACCAGCGGCUCAAAUCCGCCUCCGCCCGGUGUGGAUAGUAAUAACACACAGGCGUUUCAAGCGUGGCUGCGCACAGCACCGCAGCCUCACCAGCCCUUUAUGUACGACCCGACGGGUGGUCCGACACCAAGGGGGAAUUUACAAAUGGGACCGGGACCUGAACAAUCGUUAAUGCCCUGGAUGGCCUCACCAUUCGGGCCCAACGAUUUCGAUUACGGUAGUCUCGGAGACGGGUUUGAGCAGGCUCUCGGGCUCACACUAACCGGAUUUGGCGGUGGCAGCCCCGGCGACCCGGUCUCGUACGAGGACACUAUGCGCUAUAUGAUGCAGAACGACAUGCUCGGGCCCCCUCCAGUAUCCGAGGGCUUUGCCACAGGCCCCCCGCCCCCAAACGGACCUAAUGGGAAUUUCUUCCAGUUCUGA